AUGUGUGGGAUCAGAGAGGAUGCUCCUGGUCUGUCUCCUCAUGGCCUGCUCAUAGAGCUCCUGGGGGCCAAGACGGACAGGCGUGCCCAUGAUUUUCCCAGCGCUCUGUCCUCCGAGAACCAGGACCUCAGAGAUCCAGCUGUGCUGGUCCACAGGAGGAUACUGUCCCUCCCUCACCGCUACAGGUGCAGGUCCACAGGAGGAUACUGCCCCUCCCUCACUGCUACAGGUGCUGGUCCACAGGAGGAUACUGCCCCUCCCUCACUGCUACAGGUGCUGGUCCACAGGAGGAUACUGCCCCUCCCUCACUGCUACAGGUGCUGGUCCACAGGAGGAUGCUGCCCCUCCCUCACUGCUACAGGUGCUGGUCCACAGGAGGAUGAUGCCCCUCCCUCACUGCUGCAGGUGCUGGUCCACAGGAGGAUACUGCCCCUCCCUCACUGCUACAGGUGCUGGUCCACAGGAGGAUACUGUCCCUCCCUCACUGCUACAGGUGCUGGUCCACAAGAGGAUACUGCCCCUCCCUCACUGCACCAGAUCCACAGGAGGAUAAUGCCCCUACCUCACUGCUAUUGGUGCUUGUCCACAGGAGGAUACUGCCCCUCCCUCACUGCUACAGCUGCUGGUCCACAGGAGGAUACUGUCCCUCCCUCACUGCUACAGGUGCUGGUCCACAAGAGGAUACUGCCCCUCCCUCACUGCACCAGAUCCACAGGAGGAUAA